CUCACCCAGGAAACUGACUCAAAGACAGUAAUGGAAUCUCUGACGAAGUACAGAAGGAAACAUGAAGAUGCGGGCUACAUCAUGCAACGCAACGCAAACGUGCAAGUCGCGACUCUGGUGGCGCUGCGUGCGCGGAAGGCCCACAGCUUGUUCCGGUGGGUCAAAGGACAUGACGGCCACGCGGGUAAUGAAGGAGCGGACGAAUUGGCGGGCGUGGCAGCCCGCAAAUGCGACGGGGAUGCAGUCGACAUGCAGAUCCCGGACGAAUUAAGACUGACGGGCGCCAAGUUGAGUGUACUCACCCAACAACUCGCCUACAAGGCGAUCAGAGCCCGUAAACAGAUUGCAUCACCGGCCACAGAACGAUCGCUGACGAGAGUGCGCGCAGAAUUUGAGGCUGCCUUCGGUGUACGGACGUCGAAUGAGGAGGUCUGGACUUCGCUGAGGAAGCCGCAGGUGUCGCGCGAGUGCCGACAGUUCUUAUGGAAGACAAUACACGAUGCGUUCAUGGUGGGGAACCACUGGCUCAAGCCCAGGAUGUCCAGCCAACUGCAAGAACGCGCAACGUGCAAGGUGUGCAACGAGCUUGAGUCUAUGGACCAUAUCCUG